GCUUAAUAGACGAGACGGCCUGCUUUUAAGGAUGGCUGUCAUCCCCAUGGUGUACCCCUUGUCUACGCUGGCAGCUGUCGCUUUCUGGUCUUUUUGCGUACCCAUACACACACGCAGGCCAAAGGACCAAAAGCGCAAAAGCGUUCCGGUAGGAAACUACCAUAGGACAGCCGACAACUACAGCCAUGGUGGGUACACUUCAACGGUCUGUUCGGGCGACAGACGAGCUGGAUGAGACAUUGCAGGUUGACAAGGAAAAUCUGGAGCCCAUAACCGCUUCCCAGUCAGGCACAAGUGAUAGUACUCAAGAUCCAAGUGAUGCCAAACCAGCGAAACAGGGUUGCAAAUGGUAUCCGCUGCUGAACCCUUUGAGGCUUCAGAAGAUACCUCCACUUCCAUCUGAGCGGACGGUAUCUAGGGAAUAUGGGGCCAACUUUCUUAGCAUCAUAACUUUCCAAUGGAUGUGGCCAUUGAUGAAUGUUGGCUAUCUCCGACAUCUCGAAAUCCAGGAUAUAUGGACCGUCAACCCGGAUAGAUCCGUAGGUGUACUAGCAGAGAAGCUCGAUGUCUCGUUCCGACGACGUUUGGAGCGUGGUGACACUUAUCCCUUACUCUGGGCUGUCUAUGAGACUUUCAAAGUCGAAUUUUGGAUCGGCGGAGUCGGCAACCUCCUCGCUGCUCUCCUACAAAUCUUUGCACCAUAUACGACACGUUAUCUGAUUGCAUUUGCUACGGAUGCUUAUUAUUCUAAACUAGGUCAUGGCCCAGCCCCCUCAGUAGGUCGUGGCAUUGGUAUGACUAUCGGUAUCACCGCUAUGUUGGGUUGGUUGUCACUAGCUUGUCCAUGAAUCAGUACCUUUAUCAUGGAAUGACGGUUGGCGGACAAGCAAGGGCUGUUUUGAUCAAUAUGAUCUUCACUAAAGCAAUGAAGUUAUCUGGCCGUGCAAAGGCUGGCGGGAA